UCAGGUCUUACUAUUGUUCUUUUCGAACUACUGCGAAAGUGCUAUUGAUCAUGGACAUUCAGAACGGUAAGCAGCCUAGAUGGCUACGUGUAGCUUCCUUUCCUUUCCUUCUGGCUUAUGAAGCAAGAGACCUUUCUCUACCAAGCUCUCAAACACCCUCAUACUAAAAUCCAUUCAUUUUUGUGCUUCCAAGAACCCUUCUGAACUAUGGCUAACAACGUGAACUCCACAUUCAAUUUGGACGAGGUCGAGAUUCCAAAUGAAGUGUUCACCGAUCUAACACUGGGUGAAGAUGACACCGAGUCAUGCACAACUUCCUCGAGUUUCAGCGCUGCCACCAAUCCGGAUGAAGUGCUACUCGAGGACCUCGAAUCCGAGCUCAACACCCUGACACUUGAUGCUCAAACGAUCAUCUCGCAUCAACCUCGAGCAACUCAACUUCAGCUUACCUCUGAGACCAGAACCUUGUUCAACUCUUACCAACAACAUGGCUCGAUGGCGCGGCUCAAAAUCCGUAUCGAAAAGUUUCUGCGUCGAGGCGACAACGAUGGCAAACUGCGUUUCGAAGAUCUUGAUGUCGAGCUGGCAAGCUCCUACCCAGGCCAUUAUGGCGAAGCCUUCAUGAUCAACUACACUGCAGACGACGACGUGGCCAAAUUCGACGAUCGGAAAACCAGAAUCACCAACACCCUCAAUGGCCGCAGCUCAUCUAAUCAUCCACUCCGCAUCGUCGACCCAGAGUCCAUUUCAUACGUCACCACACUCCCCUGGGACCCAGUCGGCAUGGUCGUCUCUUGGCCCGGCAGUCUAGAAUGGCCGUACGGCCUGCUAAGCAGGAUCAACCAGAUUUUGAGCCUCGUCGACGUCGAAUCCCGCGCACGCCUGUUCCACCAUGUAUCCAAGUAUGGUCCGUCGCCGGUCAUUCGCGUCGGCAUCGCAGAGCACGUCCAGAGCCAGUAUGCGACGAUGUUCCAGAGCGAGGAAGAUCAUUUUCUGUGGAUGACGCCGGAGACGCGCUCGUUCUUGAGGAGUGUGUUUGAUGCCAAGCCUUUGAUAAACCACGCGGAACGGCGAAUGAUUGCCAGGAUUUGCAGGGUUGCGGAGGAGUCGGUGUCAAUUUUCUGGGAGGAUACGACUGACGAGUUGAGGGGGUUUCGGGCCAUGAAGACUUUUAUGACGGCUCGGGAGGUGGAGAGGGCGAAAGCUGCGAGGACGAAACAUGCAAGGAGUAGAAAUGCGAAGGAGGGGAAGAAGGUGAACGGAGGUGAUAAUGAAGGUCAGCCAUAGCGGAUGCGCGCAGUGAAGGCAGACCCGGCUGGAUUCUGUCAGUGCAUGGCUUGCUUGCCUGCUGAACGAAGCGAUGCUUGUUCAUGGCACGCGAGAUAGGGGAGCUAGGCAUAGCGGCUUCAAAAUCAGACAUACAUGCCGACAUAGUCUUGGUCUCGGCCGUCGAUUGGAAGAAAGAGAAAUUG